ACGCUAAGCGUGCGAAUGGUUUAUGAAAAUGAACCUAAAACCUUCUGGUGUGGCGCACGAAGGUCAUUAAAGUUAGUGACAACCCUAUCGGAACCGUUUUGUCCGUUCGCACGCCUUCGCUUCACACACGAUGCCGGCGAACAUCUUGCCUCCCUCUCCUCGCCGGUCUUUCUUCUGUAGCAUCCCUUCUUCCACGCUUGUGAUCAUACUUCAACGACUCACCCGCUCACUUCUGUGCUGUGCCGUGGUGUGACGUCAUGAACCUGAUGGAUCGCACCUACCCGGUACGGUCGGCCCUGCACAGCGUACGCAACCUUCAAAGCUCCUUAGCGCCCGAAACGCCAGCAAAGCUGUGUGCGUGUGGGGUUGUACGACGUUCGGCCACCCAAGACACCAGCAGCUCUUCAGCAGCAGCCACUCCACCACGGCGGUUCGUGUAGAUUCUUGAUCUUCGCGCGUCCCGUCCGCGGGCUAGCUGUACGCUGAAACGAUGACGUAUCGAGCGCGAGAGCAGCACACUUCGGUCAGCAGCGGUCGCUCGAAUCGCGCACGGUCAUCGAUGGUGCGCUCAUUCCGCGUCGGCUGGAAGAACGCAACGGUUGUGUGUGCCGCGAGCGUACUGUUGCGCAGUAUAUCCUUGUCCAGGAUGUGACCAGUUCCAGUUUGUUCCGUUGUUGAACGAGUUGAUUAGAAAGAGUGCAAAUUAAGCGUGUGAACAUUUGCAAUCGUGCCGUGUAGUUGUGCUAGUGCGACAGUGAAUGUUUUGGGGCUCAAAAGGACCUUUUUACUAAACCGAAGAAUUAACCUGACCUGCCCAUGAGCUGCGCGUGAAGACGUUAUCGACGAGACAAGAUGAAGUUACCAUUGCUGGCAGUGGCGCUUCUGUGGCUCGGCGGAUGCUUCCACCUAGUAACAGUGGUCGGUGCUAUAGUGGGUGGUGACAGCGCGACCGCCGACGAGUUCCCCCAUAUGGCCGUGCUGGGACGGUCCUGCCUGCAAGCCGAUGGGGGCGAUUGUGUCGACGGGUACGAAUGGUUCUGCGGCGGUACGCUGAUCUCGGACCGCUUCGUCCUGACGGCGGCACACUGUGCCCACACGGGCAUGUCCCAUCCCCCGACGGUGGUGCAGCUCGGUGCGCAUGAUCUGCGCCGCCCCGCGCUGUACGUUGGCGUGCGGGACGUUGUGCUGCAUCCGGGAUAUGGCGGUGUGCUUGCGUACAACGAUAUUGCGCUGAUACGGCUAGAGUCACCGGUGGCAUCCAGCAUCCAGCCGGCGCUGCUCUGGCGAAGCGAAACGAUCCCCGAGAACGUGCCAUUGAUCGCUACCGGGUGGGGCAAACUUGGCCACUUUGAGGACCCAUCCAUGAUACUGCAGCGCGUACAGAUACCGAUCGUACCGAACAGCCAGUGCAACCAGUUGCUGUACCGGAGCCGACGCCUGCGCCAUGGCGUGCUGCCAAGUCAACUGUGCGCCGGCGACCCGAACGGUGGCAAGGAUACGUGCGAAGGUGAUUCGGGCGGUCCGCUACAGCUGAAGCUUCCGUCGGCCAGACCGAUCGGACAAGCUUAUCGCUACUACGUCGUCGGGAUCACAUCGAACGGUGGCAUCUGCGGUACGGUCGACCGGCCCGGGCUGUACACGCGCGUUUCCUCCUACGCCGGGUGGAUCGACCAGGUGCUGGAGCAGAUCACACCGGACUAGCGUUCGGAACUGCGCUCCAUCCCUACGGACCACCACACCACCCCAGUGCCAAAGAUUGCAACAACGAGAAUUGCCUUGCCAAAAUAUGCCAUUUGCUUCUUGCCUCCCUUAUGUGCUGCCCUUACAUGUGUGUUCCUAGUAAAAGCACUGUCUGCGUAAAACCGAUUGACUGCCAUCGAAUAAUGAGGGAAUUCUUUCUCGACUUAAUGCAGCGCGCUAUCACUAAUGAUCAAUAUCCCAGGACAGUUUCUGAGCAAAAUGCAAGAAGAAAAAAAUUGUAUGUGGUGGAAAUUUUGCAAGAAAAGGUCGAAAAUCAGGGAUAGGUAUGCUGCUGGAUGCAACUUGAGUUAGAAAAUUAUUCUUUCAGCAUUGUUUGGUUUGUAGUAUGAUUCAUUGACCACUCACCACUACGAAGGCAAACUUGAUACAAACGAACGACUUGAUAGUUGUGAUAGUAAGACAAAUUAUUGCAUUUGAAAUUAUUUAUUUGAAACAAUUCUCUUAUUUUCGAUGAAAACUACGCAUUAUACAUAAAUUUACAAAAAAGCAUUGCAUGACAUUAUACAAGACAUGAAUAAGAGGAGUGAUUUUUUUUAAAUGUUUUUGAGUGUUUCUGAUAUUCUAGCCAUACGGUCUGACCGUUUCAGAGACAUACAAAAUAUAUACAUAUAUUCUGCAAAAAAACCUACACAAAACGGUCCAAUAUUGCAUGUAAAGCCGAUCGCAUAGCUCUAUUAAACAAUACAAUUCUAUAUAACCAAGAAGAUAUGAACCACUAUAAAGAUAUGAAAACUAUGCCACUAUGAUAACAUACAGUAGCAUUCACACACACAUUAUAAGCGUGCUCCCAACGCCGUUUGCAUGUACUAUUGAAAUAAACAUACUAUUGUUGCAAAGAUUUUUUCGUGCAAAGAGAGAUAUCGUGAAAAAAUCCUAACAUAGGCAAAUGAUGAGUCAUGGUAAGGGAAAGACUGACGCGAGACAAGGCUUCUAAAAUUGCAUUUGAAUUAAAUAUAUUGACAAGGAUUACGAUGUAUACCGGUUGACCGUCCAAUCGUCGUUUAGAAACUGAAAAUUUGAUUUUAUUUUCAGUUGCAUAUCCAGUUGUGCAGCAUAUUUCCACUUUUCAAUUUGUUUACAUUACAAUUGAAGCGUUAUGAUGUUUCGUUUCGUUUUAUAUUAGAAUAACUACCUAAAAUCUAGAAUAGAAUUUACAAAGUACCGAACCUUCAUUCUGCAAAGAUAAGUUAUGAAUAGUAAAAAGUUGUAGUUUGUAAAUCUUAUAAAGUAGUUUGUAAUUUGUCGAUAAUCGAUGGUAUCAUUGAAUCCGUGCGUAGUCCCGGCGUACGUCACGACACUCAUUUUUAUUCAUUUUUGUGACGUACUAGAUGGUUGCUAGUAACUAUAGCCGCUAAUAACCGAGGUGUUGUAGGACCGGGCACAUGAAAUGUGUUGCGAUCCUUAGGAUCCCGAGUUAGCGCCGUAUGUUCCCGCUACGGACGGAUUCAACAAUACCAGCCAAUAGCUAUUAGCUAUAAGCAGAUCCUAGAAAAUAGCUUAUAUUUGGUAGAUAAUUUAAUUUAAUUAAAAUAAAAAAUAAAUAAACAAUUACAGUUGAUCAAUACACUCCAUCAUUAUAUAUAAAUUAAUCGUUAUUGCAUAAAUUGUAAAUAAUAGUCAACCCUAGAUCGAUUUAGGAGAAUAAAAGGCUCCAACCAUUAA